UGAGAGCCCUUCUUCCUUCUACUCCAAGGCGGCAGCAGCAUGGAAUGGUGAGACCUUUGUCUUCAUCUUCUAAAGAGGACCAGCCAUCUACCGCGGGGCAGCAACAACAAAAGGAUGUGUACUCUUUGUUCUACGUUGGCACCAACGCUUCUACCACCAAGCAACAAGAACCAAAGGAUGUGUACUCUUUGUUAUACGUUGGCACCAACCCUUCUACCAACAAGCAACAAGAACACAAGGAUGUGUACUCUUUGUUCUACGUUGGCACCAAACCUUCUACCACCAUGGAGGAACACAGACAAAGGGGUGAGAGCCUUUUGUCUUCCUCUAAAGAAGACGACCAGCCUUCUACCACCAGGCAGCAAGACAAAAGGGCUGAGAUCCCUUCCUCUUCUGAAGAAGAGGAGCAUUCUACUGCAAGGCGGCAGCAAGAAGAAAGGGCCGAGAGCCCUUCUUCCUCUUCUGAAGAAGACAAGGCGUCUACCACCAGGCAGCAAAAACAAAAGGGCGUGAGCUCUUUGUUCUGCGUUGGCACCAACCCUUCUACCGUCAUGAAGGAACACAGGGAAAGUGGUGAGAGCUCUUCCUCUGAAGAAGAGGCUGAGAGCCCUUUGACUUCCCCUUCUGAAGACGUGCCUUCUUCCACGAGGUGGCAGGAAGACUUAAGGGCUGAGAGCCCUUCUUCCUCUUCUGAAGAAGACGAGCCUUUUGCUCCGAUGCCGCUUCAGGCAUGUAGGAGUGAGAGCUCUUCGUCUUCAUCUACUGAAGAAGACGAGCCUUCUACCACGAGCAGGCAGCAACAACAAAGUCCUGUGUCCUUCAUCGAGAUCAACCUGUCUACCACCUUGAGUCAGGAUGGACAAAGUGGUGGCAGCCCGUCCUCUA